AAGGCUACAAAAAAUUCUGAGUACAAGCAGCUCUAAAGGGUGAUUUCUGACUUUUCUGCAAGACAAAGUCAUCCUAAGGAAGAACUGCACCUUAAUCCACAGGAAAUGCACCACAACCAGACCCUUGACAGGUACCACAAGCAGAUAGUUUCUGCAUCUUUACCCUCUCCAAUGACUGGAGUACAAGAAACAUGGUAGACUAUGGGUUGCUGGAAGGGAGCUGUAAGCCACAGCUGGGUUUAUCCCACGGUGAUCAUCUGUGCAAAUGGAUUUUUCACCACAAUGAGGCCAUCAGAAUCUUUUCUCACCCCCUAUCUAACAGGACCAGACAAAAACCUAACGAUUGAAGAGGUCACCAACCAGAUUCUGCCCGUUUGGACGUACUCCUACCUCGCUCUCCUUUUCCCAGUGUUCCUGCUCACAGACUACGUGCGCUACAAGCCCGUGCUCCUCCUGCAGGGCAUCAGCCUCAUCGUCACCUGGCUCCUGCUGCUCUUUGCACAUGGAGUGGUGGCCAUGCAGCUGGUGGAAUUCUUCUAUGGCACGGUCACGGCCACCGAGGUGGCCUAUUACGCCUACAUCUACAGCGUGGUCAGCACCCAACACUACCAGAGGGUCACCAGCUACUGCAGGAGCGUCACCCUGGUGGCAGCCACCGCGGCCGCCGUGCUGGGACAGCUGCUGGUGUCCCUAGGACACGUCUCCUACUUCCACCUCAACGCCAUUACCUUGGCUUCCGUGUCCCUGGCCUUCCUGUGCGCAUUCUUCCUGCCCACGCCCCAGAGGAGCAUGUUCUUCCACAGGAAAGAUGCCCCUGAGCCCGUGCCAGGGCCCGCUCAAGAGCCGGCCGCGGGCGCUGCCCACGGGCCCGGGAGCUGCCAGGAGGAACCGAGCCCCGAUGCUGCUGCCAGGAGCCCGCAGCCCCCGGCCGGGAACGCCCGGCCCCGCAGGCACGGGCUCGGCGCGCUGCUGCGGCUGGGCAGGGACCUGCGGGAUUGCUACGGCUCCCGCAAACUCCUCUGCUGGUCCCUGUGGUGGGCUCUGGCCACGGCCGGCUUUAACCAGGUCGUGAACUACGUCCAGGUGCUCUGGGACCUGCGAGCCCCCUCGCACAGCUCCGCAGUGUACAACGGAGCUGUCGAAGCUAUAGCAACUUUCCUGGGUUCAGCAACAUCCAUGGCAGUUGGAUGUGUCAAAGUAAACUGGGAUCUCUCUGGAGAACUGGCUUUGGCAAUUUUCUCUGCACUGGACGCUGGUUCUCUGCUUCUUAUGCACUUCACUGACAACAUCUGGGCAUGUUACACUGGCUACCUUGCAUUUAAAGCUUGCUAUAUGCUCCUUAUAACAAUAGCAACGUUUCAGAUUGCUGUCAACCUCAGCAUGGAGCGUUAUGCUUUGAUGUUUGGCUUCAACAACUUUGUUGCACUGGUGAUUCAGACAAUUUUAACUGUUGUUGUAGUAGAUUCAAGAGGUCUGGGACUGGAUAUCAGCACUCAGUUUCUCAUUUAUGGCAGCUACUUUACAGUCAUAGCUGGAAUUUUCCUGAUCAGAAGCAUGUACACCAUAAUUUCCAUCAAAUGCCAAAAUGCAAGUGUGGCUGCUGAAAGCUCUGCCCCUUAACAACUGAG